AUGACGCAUACGAAUGAGUCCAUAGAUGAUCCGCCGCCAUGGGAGAACAGCAGCAGUGCAUGCAGGCGGCCGACGCCGCUGAAGAGCAAGUACAAUCAGGACCUGGUGGACAUGCUCGAUAUUGUGCAACGACAGCGGGCGUUACUGGAUGAUAAAACGGCGCUGCCGUACGCCAGGGCAGUUUCGAUCAUCAAGUCUUACCCUGAGGAUCUUCGUCAGGAUCCGUCGAAAGCGAAGACUCUCAAAGGCGUGGGGCCGAAGACCUUCAAGAUGGUCCGGCAGUACUACGAACUUGGCAAGAUCAACGAGGCGGAGAUCAUCAGGCGCGACUAUGCCUUCCGGGUCCUGAGCGACUUUACUCAAAUCUACAAGAUCGGCCCCAAAAAAGCUCGCGAGCUGUAUGCGCAAGGCUACCGUCGCAUUGAGGAGCUCAUCGUGGCGAAGGAGUGGCGCCCUGGCAAAGGCGGCGAUAUCCAGGUGCCCGAGGCGCUUAGGAUCCUGCCAGACCUACAGGUGCCUAUAUCGCGCGAGGAAGUCGAAGAGAUCGUGCGGCAUAUCAAGGCAGAGAUGGAUGAGGUGAUCGCGGGGACAGAGCACACCAUUGUUGGUGGCUACCGCCGUGGCAAGACUUCGAACAACGACGUCGAUGUCAUCUUCACGUACCCAUCCGGAGGACCGCACGGUGUGCCGUCCCCGUCGCAGAUGCAGGAGCUGCGUGAGCGACUGGAGAGAAAAGGGCUCAUCACACACUACAUCUCGUUGAGCAACAUGAACGGCCGUGGCUCCAAAUCCGAUGGCUUGCACACCAUGGAGAUUGUCUUCAAAGCGCCUCGCUCGCCCAUCGUGCCCGUCUCGCGGCACAGGCGCGUAGACAUCAUCUUCUGCAGAUAUCGAGUCUACGGCGCCGCCAUACUCGGCUGGACCGGCUCCAAGCAGUUCGAGCGCGAUUUGCGCGUGGUCGCUCAGCAGGAGGGCUACAAAUUCAACUCAGAUGGCCUCGUCGAGAAGGAUACUAGUCGUACGCUCGACACGUUCACUGAGAGGCAAAUCUUCCACAAGCUCAAGCUUCCGUACAUGCCCCCGGAGUGGCGUAAUUGCGACCCGUAA